UCGACGAGCUAUCACCUUCUUUGUGAGUGAAGUCUUUUCGUCUAACAAAUUAUUUUGAUUCACUAAAUACUAUCAUUGAAAAAAAUAAUUUUUCUGAAAUGAGAAGAGAGAAAGAAAUUAUUUCAUUAUUGUUGUUAUUUCUUAUAAAUCUUGUACGUAGUGAUAUGUUUUGUAGUCUUAUAAAUCGAGAGGAUCCUUGUAUUAAUUUGUGCGAAAAAACACCAUUAUCUUUUACAAAUAGUAAAUAUGUUAAAUCAUGCUGUCAACGAGGUUGUAGAUUCUUUAAUUUAGUGGAUUUACAUUAUGGAUUAGAAUCAAACAAUUUAAAUGGUACAAGGGAUGCUUGUGAAGCUUCAUGUACAGAAGCAUAUAUUGCUCCACAAGAUCGAUAUGCAUGUAGUACUGGUUGUGAUUUUAUGGCUAAACAACGUGUUUCAAAUUUAUUGUCACUCUUUUCUGUUGCUGUCUAUAUAGAAGAAGGUGUAGAUUCUAACUUAGUUAUAAUGUCACCUGAUAUACCUGAAAAUGAUAUUUUAAGUGAUCCAGGUUUGCGAAAGGAACUUCUUCCAAGGUGGUGGGAUUUUAAUGGAUUUAAAUUACCACAAACAUAUAUUAAAACUGUUCCAUUAGAUGCUGGGACAAUGGAUUAUGGAGUACCAUCAGACUACUCUGGAGAAAAUGACCAAUCAGCUUCAAUACCUGGAUCUGAUUGGCUUCAAUGUGCUUCAAAACAUAUUGGAUUACCACAUUGGCUUUUAGCCUCUGCUAUUGCAGCAGCAGCAUUGUCUGCAUUUUGGUUAUGUUUGUAUCCAGAAAAACUUACUGAUCCUUAUAAAGAAAUAUUAAUUGAAAAGUCUGAUAUUUCUCCAGUUGCAUUAUAUGUACCAGAAGCAUCGUUCCAUAAACAGCCUCCUCCAAAAUAUUUUGAUAGUGUUAAUUCAACAGAAAUUAAUAUGAAAGUCUAGCUAAAUGUAUAUUAAUUCUAUCUAAUUUUUUUAACAAUUUUGAGAAAUAUUUAAAUUUCUGUAUAUUAAAACAGUUUUUAAUAAAUUCUUUAUAUUAUGUAUAAUAAGUCUUUAUAGAUACUGCAAUGAUUAAGUAGCAACUGCACAUUCAAUUUUCAAUAAAACUAUUCAUAAAUGAAAAAUAAACUUCUAAGAAUAUAUAUCUAAAAAUAAAAUUUUAAAAAUUAAUUGAAAUUUUGAAAUAAAAACAAAAAUCAAA